AUUGGAAGAGCGUUCAAAACGGAAAUAAAAAGGAACAAGAUAAACGAAGACGACUUCGACGCAAGAAGAUAGUCCGAAUAACGAAGACUAUUAAAGAAGUAUUCCAAUGUGAACAAGAAAAACUAACAAAAGAAUUUCACGAAUGGAAACGACGAAGGAUAGAAGAAUUACAGAAAGAGUAA